AUGGACAUCACCCGUCUCCCCAGGGAGCGCGAUCCCGAGCGUGAGCGCUCUAUGACCUUCUUCGACUCGUCUGCAGCAAGUUACCGCCAGAACCCUUGCAGGACUAAAGUCCGUCCCCAUCUGGACAAUGUGUCUAGAUUCGAAUCCUUCGUCCUUCUUCCUGGUGAGAAGAAGGUCGAGGUUGAAGUCGAUACUCGAGUCCCAUCCACUGCCAUCUUCACCUUUAACAAGGAAGACCACACCCUCGGUAACAUGAUCCGUUCACGUCUCCUUAAUAGCUCCCAUGUCCUCUUCUCCGGCUACAAGGUCCCGCAUCCCCUGAUCCCCAAAUUCAUUCUUCGCGUGCAGACAGACGGCCAAAUCACCCCCAAGGAAGCUGUCAUCACUGCCUGCCACGAACUGGUCAAGGAUCUGGGCGCCCUCAGCCGCGAGUUCACCAAAGAAUACGAACUGCGCAAGAUGGUGGGUGCUGGUGCUCAACAGCAGAAUGCUCAGAACGGGGCUUAG